AAACAAGGUUGAACUAAUGUCUAAUCGAUUAGAAUCACUCAACUCAAAGAAACCAGCAGGUUCACCUGCUCCCAAGGGAGGGCUCAAGUUCAAACCAAAGGUAGUCCAAAGAAAAUCCAAAGAAGAAAGAGACAAGGAUGCCCCAAUCAUAAAACAGGAACAACAAGCGAGACAACCUGCGACCAGAGGCAGAGGAUCCACUAGAGGUCGUGGAAGAGGUGGAAGAAACGCAUACGCUGGUACACAUUUAGUCACAUCUGGUCCAUUAUCUGCGGGAUCUGUGUCAAUUGGGAAUGUCAACGGUUCAAAGUCAGGCUUAACCAGCGAUUCCAUUUACAGCACCAGUAUGUCACCAACCCCUGAAUUUUUACAAAACUUGAAGUUGAAAGAUAGACCAAAGUCAGUGACCCCAGGGGCAGAAUCCGAGGAAGACGAAGAAGAUGAUCCAACUAGAAUCAAUAUGACACAACAAUAUAGAUUUGCCGAUGAAGAAACAGUAUUGUUCCCAGUAAGACCAGAUAGAACAGAGGUGGAGAAAGAUACUACUACUAUCACCCUCAAAUCCGAAGAACCAACCCGAGAAAACACUCCCGCCUUUAAUCGAGAAUCUCCCGUCAAGAGUGAGCCUCUAGAAGACAAGAUUGAAAAGAUUAAAGUAUCCAAGGCUAAGCUUCAAGAAAGAAUCAAUCAAACAGAUGAUCCAACAGCAUACGAAGAAAAUAAGUUACUUGCAGACCAUCAACAAAUAUUAGACCUUCUUACUCAUAAAUUUGACGAAUUAAGUACUGAUGAAGUACCAGAUGACAAAUUCAUAUUGUUCCAACUUCCAAACCAUUUACCAGAGUAUAUAGACAAACAACAAGAUGAAUCAAGUGAAGUAAAACAAGAACAAGAACAAGAACCUUCACAAUUAGCAGUGAACAAGACCAACUUACGUGGUCGUAUUGGAAACAUCAACAUUCACCAGUCAGGAAAAAUAUCAAUAGAUUUAGGAAAUGGCAACAAAUUAACUGUCGCUAAAGGUGCACCAACCAAUUUCUUACAAGAACUUGCAUGUAUUGAGUAUGACAGCUCAGUGGCUGAAAACGAAGACGUGGAAAUGUUGGAUGAACAAGGAAGAAAAGUUAUGGGUAAAGUUAUCCGUUUAGGUACUGUAGAUGAAAAGGUUAUAGCUACCCCGUAUAUAAAGUAGUAUGAAUAACAUAGAAAAAAA